AUGGUCUAUUACGACAUCACCCCUUCCAAGCAGGCCGGCCUCCCCCGCUACCUUUACCACCAAGCCACCUUCAGACCAGCCCCAGUUCAUAGCGUCAACCUUGCCGGCCACACUGCCAUCGUAACAGGAGCCAACUCGGGCGUCGGCUUCGAAGUCAGCCGGCAAUUUCUCGACCUUGGUCUGACCAGGCUGAUCCUUGCCGUUCGAGACGAAGCCAAAGGCGCCGCUGCUGUACAAAAGCUUGCUCUCAAGCCUGAUGGAACCAAACGUGAAUCUGGCGCCACUGUCGAAGUCUGGAAGCUCGACCUUUUCGAUCAUGGCUCUGUUCUGUCGUUUGCAAAACUCGACAUCAUUAUGCUGAACGCCGCGAUGGGGGUCCCGUCCAAGCGUGCUUUCCGCCCAGAAACGAGACACGAUGAGACACUUCAGGUGAACUACCUUUCCACUGCGCUGCUGGCUACCCUGUUGCUCCCAGUGGUCAACAAGACAAGAGCAAAUCAACCCGCUCCGACCCGCAUCACGUUUACCUCCUCCGAAGCAUCAGCUUGGGCAAAGCUCCCACUUGGCAAAAAGAUCCCCAUUCUUGAGACGCUUGACAAGCCGGAGGAGGACGUGGACUUGGCAGAUGGGAUGUUUACCUCGAAGCUUCUCGUUUUUUUGCGGGAGCUGGCAAAACGAGCGCCCGUCAAGAUUGCGGCCAUCAAAUGGGGCGUGUCGCCUGGCAUGGUGAAUGACUCCGAGUUUGACCGCGAAUUUAAGAAGACGACCACGGGGGCAAUAAUGCAGAGGAUCAAGAUGUGGGUGGGAAAUAGCUCGGCUGUGGCGGCGAGAAUGGUCACGUAUGCGGCAGCGGGGUGUGGGGAGGACACGCAUGGGGAGUUUUUGUCCUUUCAGAAAGUGGUACCCAUGGCUCCCAUUAUUUACACGGGCCAAGGGGAGGUCAUAUCUGCUCGGUUGUGGAAGGAGACAAUGGAAGAGUUCAAGUUUGCGAACGUGGACAACAUCAUCAACAGUUUGGGCUGA